CUUCACCUCACCAACUGAUACACUCCAUGAAACAGUUCCAUUAGAAAUUUUUUCCAGUAUAUGAAAUGAAGGAUCGUCUAAAUCUGAUGGCAGCUCUGUCUGAGAACAUGCUGAAAGUAAACAUGUUACUGAGUGUCUUCUUUCUUCCAGGUACUUUGGCUGGUUGUGGUAAAAACCCAGCCCUCAGAAUCACUACACCAAAGAAGAUUGAAGCUCUGAGUGGAUCUUGUUUGGAAAUCCCAUGUAUCUAUGAUACAGAGCAUACCAGCUAUAACAGCAGCAGAACUAUCUAUGGAGUUUGGAUGAAAGGUGCUAUCAAUUUUUGGGCGGAUCCAAAUAUCGUUAUUUUCAACAGCAGUGGGUCAGUUAACACCUAUUCACUGAAUAUUGAUGGAAACCUGAGAGAAAAAAACUGCACCACUCUGUUUCCUGAUGUAAAGACCAGUUAUACAGACAGAUACUUCUUCAGGAUUGAGAACGAGCCGUUCAAAGCAUCAGCUUGUGAUGAUCCUCUCGAUAUAACAGUUAAAGAUUCUCCUUGGACUCCCAGCAUUAAUAUCCCUGUUGGUGAUCUGAAGGAGCAUCAGUCUGUCACUAUAAGCUGCUCAGCUGUGACUCCCUGUCCACACUCACCUCCUGAACUCACCUGGAAUCUCCAACAAGACUCUGAGAGACAAACAGAGAAAAACACAGAUGGAACCUUUACAACUAAAAUCCAGGAGACCAUCACUCUGUCAGACACACAUGAUGGAUACAACAUCAGCUGUUCUGCCAGAUAUCCUGUGAAUGGAGGAAGCAAGACAGCAGAGACAGAAGUGACUCUCAGUGUUUCAUAUGCUCCUAAAGACACCUCAGCAUCCAUCAGUCCAUCAGGUUUGGUGUCAGCAGGUAGCUGGGUGGAGCUGAGCUGCUCCAGCAGAGCCAAGCCUCCUGCCAGCUUCACCUGGUUCUGGAACAGCAAACAUGGAGCCAUUAAUUUAUCUGUGGGGCAGGUUUACAGCUUCAAUGUUACUGAGGGAGAAGAGUAUUACUGUGAGGCUACAAAUGAUCUGGGGAAUCAGAGAUCAGUCAUCUUUCUUCUUGUAAAAGAUGAUCCAGUCUUUGGACUCCAUAUUAUACUGAAGAUCUUGGGAAUUAUGCUGCUCUGCAGUACGGUUGUCAUCUUUGAGUGCUGGUUCAGAUUCUCUAACAAACCAAAGAAGGAAAAAGAAGACCAAAUCUAUGUCAACACUGUCACAGAGACCAAACCAUGAUGUGAGCCCGAAGGUGACCAGGAACAUCGAGCCUCCUUCAGUUUCUUAUUUCUAUUCAUGAUUCUAUCUUAUUGUCCAGUUGUUUACUUUCAGAAUGUUAAGAGGCUGCAUAUUAUCUGCUGAGGCCAAUAAUUCAUUUCCGAUUACAUUAGAAACCGGUCAUCAUUGUUUUAGCAGAAUCAGAAUUAGACAUACUUUCAUAAUCCCAGAGGGAAAUUACUUACCACCAAAUUACUUAUCACCAUAUAUCGUGCAAUAAAGAAAUUUCUUAUUUAUUCUUGAAGCUUGUUUCUCUGUUUAAAUGUUUUGUUCUUUGAAUAAACAAUGCUUUGGUGCAUCAGUGAGUUAAAAAAUUAGGUCUAUAAAUGCUAAGAAAGAGGUUUUAGAAGUAAGACAAAAUGAAUGCUAAUUUUCUUUCCCUUAACUGUGUUUUUGAAAAUUUAAAUAUUUUUUUUGUUUAUUAAUGCAACAUUAAUACUUGUAUGCUAUUUGUAACAGAUUCUAA